UCCUAGUCGGAUUCGUUAACCACUGCGCCACGACGGGAACUCCCAGCAUUUUCUUUAAUAUCAUUUUCUCUGUGGUAUAAAAUUUACCUAUAUUUUAUUUUAUUUCCAAAGAAGAGUGUCAUACUUAUUUUUUAUAAUUUCUGGAACUUAUUUUUUAUUUAGUAAUGUUACAUGUAGAGCAUUCAAUAAUAUGAUCUAUAAUCAAUCCAUUCCACUCAUGGCUAUUUAACCAAUGUAAUGCUAUAAGUAAGUGCCUUUGAAAGGAUGAAAAUGCAGCCUAACCCUCCAAGACCCCAAGAAGGUAGUAAAGGGUCCUAACUCCAGCUUCCUAAAAAGCCCUAGAUGCCCCCGAAGAGACUGGAGCCUCAAUCCAGACCCUGCUCCCUGCCAAUAAAUAGGUAGAAGGUCACACUUCUUGCUGUUCCAGGGCCUGCUCUCUGUAUGAAACUAGGUGAAAGGACGUAAAAUAGGCCCUUGAAUGCGUGAUCCUGGCCUAAGUAAGAUAACAGGAAAUGAGCUGACUAAUCGCUUAUCUGGAUUCUGUAAGACUGCUGGUGCCAUAGAAGAAAUGAUUAACACAUUGAAAGCCCUGGUGACCUAUCUCAACUGCAAUCUGUCACUCUGCCCAGGAGCCCACGCAAAUGCAGACCUCCAGAGAUGUUUUAAAACGAUUGGCCCACGGAGCGCGGGCUCUCAAUGUUUUAAAAUGAUUCGUUUGCGAAGCGCGGGCUUUGUUGUGAACCCCAUAAAAGCUGUCCCGAUUCCGCACUCGGGGCCGCAGUCCUCUACCCCUGCGUGGCGUAUGACUGUGGGCCCCAGCACUCUUGGAAUAAAAAUCCUCUUGCUGUUUGCAUCAAGACCGCUUCUCGUGAGUGAUUUGGGGUGUCGCCUCUUCCGAGUCCGGGCGAGGGGGAUUUUCCUUCUACUGGCCUUUUCACCUUCACUAACUGAUAGCCAUUUAAGUGCCAGUGGGAAUAUUCAGAAUAAAAUUAUGAACAUGUACAAGUCUUUCUGCAUGAUAGAUUCCUAG